AUGCGUUGCUCACACUCGCUGCGGUCCGCAAUGCGUCGGACGGCCGCGCUGUUGACCAUCAGCGAUGAGUACAUUCCGCGCGCCUUUCCGGUGAAGUCCACAACCGGCUUAGCGGGUGUUGCAGUAGAGCCAUUGUGGAAGCCGAAGCUUCUUGCCGCGUCGGCGGAGUUGCAGGCAUUCUUGACCACUUCUGACAUUCCACCAGAGUCGACGUACUACAACAUUGCCAUGACGCUUGUAAAGCGCAUCAACCACGGCGUGAAGGAGUGCCAGGAUGACUGGUGCACCUUGGAGAAGCGGUACUUCUGGGGGUGGCCUGUGGAGUAUAUUCUCCAGGUCACCUGGCGGGAGUUGGAGACGGCGCAGAAGUGGAACGAGUGGCGUUUUUGGGAGUUGGACCCCGAGCAGGUGAAGAAGGUGGCGCGGGAGGACCAGAAUAUCGGUAGAGAGGGACUUGGCUACAACAGCCCCUGGGAACAGGUUGUGCGGGAGGACUUUGACAAGCGCAAGAAGGCACUCACGCAGGAGGAAAUGGCGGAGCUGAAGCGCAUGGACACUGAGCGCUUGGCGCGGGAGACCGCCGCCUACAAGGAACGCAAAGACCGCAUCCGCGAUGACUUGGAAAAGGCGCGUGGUGACAUGCUGAAGAAGUUCUUGAACAAGCGCUUCGCCGUGGACAAGGACCUCCAGCGCAUGCAGCCAGGCGCGCGCUACAGCGGGAAGACCUCGGACGACCUCAUCGCCGAGCUCAAGUCUUCGGUGCAAAACAACCCACAGAAGCAGGAGCCAAAGAAGUGA